AUGACUAGCAGCUUGGGUGUUCCUCAAAUGCCUGGUUUUGUUGCUAAUCAAAAAGACUAUCGAAAGGUCUUAAAUUCGAUACCAUUUAUAAUGAAGACAAAAAUAGUGAUACUCGUAUUGAUCUUAACAUUUUCUCUGAUAUUUAUCAUCGAUGCACGUGAACAAAAACAUCGUCCCAAAAAUGCUCUUAGAGGUCAAGUUUUGGAACAUCUAGAAAGAGAAAUGCAACGUCGUCGCGAGAACAGUAUGUUCGACGACGACGAAGACGACAAUAGUUAUGGUAGCAAAAGACAAUUUGCCCGUCGAAAAAUUGUUGGCUUCGGUGAUGAUCCAUAUUAA